GUCACUGACUGUCUGUUUGCUUGUACACACACGCGCACGUACAUACACGUACACGCACACAUACACACACACAUACACACAUACAUACACAUAUAUCACUAGACAUUGCUGGCAGGUGUAAACAUCUUACACUCGCCCUACCUUGUCUCAACAGGUUAACGAUAGUUUAUUAGUUGCGUUGCUGUUAUACGCGUACGCUCAUAAAAUAUACACAAUCACGCACUUGAAAUUUCUCUCACUCACAUAUAUCUUUAACUGUAAUCUCUCCCUAUAUUUUUAAGACGACCUGUUCACAUAAUGAAUGCACUGUACAUGCACAUGCAUGUAUUCCACUUAUAUAUAGUUACAACGCAAAUAUACUUUCAGCAGCGCUGAAAUCUUAGUAAAAAAAGAACUGACUCGUCCAAAGCACUAAGAUAUUGAUCACACAGAACAUUUAGAAAAAAAAAAAUACUGUCAGCAAUUCAGAAGUGAUUCAUAGACACAAAGUGGGGUGUCGGUACCACCGCUCCAAUUUCACUGGUAAUCUUCUAUUGGUAUAUAUUAGAUUAAACACUAAACGGAAUUGAACUUUCGCUGACAAAUCCCCGUGAUUCGAACUCAGCCAUAAAAGUGAUAAAACAACAACAACAACAACAACAACUACUACUACUACUACUACUACUACUACUACUACUACUACCACUACUACUGCAUUUAGUGCCGCCGCUGCUGCUACUGUUGACUGCUGCUUCCAUGCAGGAGAAAUGUGGUUCUCUUUCACAACUACAGAACGUGAUACCUUAAAACACCCUUUGAACAAAUUUAGAUAAAACACAAAAAAAAAAAAUAUAUAUAUAUAUACCCCCAUCAGAAACGGUAUUUGGAGAAAAUGUCAAACCGCAAAAAGUACGGUUCAGUGUCCCGAUCAGAAUACGAUGACACCAUUUUGAGAAAUAAUGUACGCGCCGACAAUCGACUUAGCCGCGAAUUGAAGGAUGUCGAACGUGCUCAGAAAGUAACAUUUCGAGAUAUCACAUUUGAGACAAAGCGUCUUCGUAACAAAAUUCAAAGUGGAAAUGCUCCUGUAACAAAAAACGACCAUUUACAAAAGAAGUUAUUGGAAAUAUCGCGAGAACAGACAAUGUCUGCUCAGGCGCGGACAAAUUUACUUCAUAUUGAUACUAACAUGGCUGAAUACAAUGAAAUGGUCGAAUCUUCAAUGCCUGAAGCACUUUCACAGGGCUCCAUUAACAAUCCGAAAGAAAAUACUCUUCAAUCCAAUGAAAAAAGUAAGAAAAUAGGAAUAGCUGUUGAAAAUUCAGAUAAAUCUGACUAUAACAAAGAAGCAGAAAAUGAUGGCAAUGAAACUACACAAGCACCUAGUCAGGCGAAGAAUGAGAAACGAAACAUAUGGGAUUCACUAAGUAUCCCGAAACAUUCAAACAACGUUAAAGCAGUCCGGCAGCGUUUACAGUCAGAGUUCCAAAGUGUUGGUUCACCAGUAAUGUCUUCACGGCAAACGACUGCCCAGCUUCCACCUGUACAUGGACAGAGUAUUAAACGUAAUGCUAACCAAACCGUAAAACUUUGACGACCGAUAUUGAAGAAGUAAGUUUUAUUGAUUGUAGAACAUGUUGGUUUAGAAGAAUAAAACUGAACAUCACCAUUCUUUUGCAGUCAUGGGCUCAGGAGCAUUUUUAUGCAGGCUGAAAAACAGACACAAUGAUGCAUGUUGGAAAAAAGAUUUAGGGAUCCAUGCAUGCACACACAUAUACGUAACUAGAUGUACACAAUGAAACACAUCCAUCCAUUCCUAACCCACCGAAGUAGAGAGAAAGUCACGCAUAUAUUACAGAAAUAUAAAAUAAAAGUAAUUGAUUAAAAAAUCUGACGACUUAUCAUAUUCUCUUGUAUGAAUCAAACUUCGUUAUUUGGAUGUAUUGAUAAAGGAAUUCACAAUUAAAAAAAAACAAUUUUAUUUUCUGUUACACACUUCACUGUAUGAUGUAUAUAGGAAUUUAUUAGCAGAUUUUGAGAAUAUAUCAUAAGUAUCAGAGAUUAUCUGAUUUGUUACGAAAUUAGGAAUUUAAAACAAUAAACCAAUGUAUCAGAUAUCCAGGAGGUUCAAGCUUAUCUAAGCUAUUCAUUAUAUAUUGGUCAAUAUCAAACUGACAGAAAUAAUUGUAAAUAUUGGACUGUUAAGGAAGAGCUAAACUUCCAGCUGAAAAGAGUGAAAGCUGAAAUAUGGAGCACAAGGUAUGGAUUUUAUCGUCUACCAGAAUAUUAUUGGUCCGCUCAUGUUCGCUUUUCAUUUUCAUAUUUGGAAAUUUAAGCUGGCAAAAUGUUUAGCGGCAUUUCAUGUCUUUUUGUUCUGAGUUCAAUUUCCACCGAGGUCGAUUCCACUGAGGUCGAUUCCACCGUUCAUCCUUUCGAUGUGGAUAAAAUAAUAGUCGAGUACUGGGGUAGUUGUGAUCGACUUAUAUCUACCACGAAUUUUCUGGCCAUGUGCCAAAAAUUCGAAACCAAUAUUGAAUCACUAGAACAGCAAUAAAAUCAUAGAACAAAAGACCUCCUAAUUCAAGUACUUUUAAUACUUAGCUCAUUUCUUCCCAAUCUGAGUUAUGAUUUCACAAGGCUAACCAUCAUGUCUAUGACGAUUAUAUAAAUAUCAUUUAUCUGAUAAAUUCAGAUCACUCUAGGGUGCGUCUACCAACAGGCAUUUGGUGCUUAGGUAAGAAACCAUGAAGUCUUCCAAAAUCUAAUGAUAAUUAUAGAACAAUUCCUCCGCUGACAUGAAUAUCGAAAAAACGUAUUGCAUAUUCACACGAAGCAGGUUUGCUGAAAAAUUAUACAUCCUUUAGCUUGAAUGUAAUUAGCUAGUGUUAUCAAACACAAACACGUGUGUGUUUAUUAAUAUAAUCUGGAUGUUUCCCAAAGUUACUCUCCGGAUAUCGGCAAACGAAUGUUAUUAUACAGUAGGACUUCUAUUAGGGAUAUACAUGUGAAAAGCUGCACAUUUCCGUAGAGUGUAAAAAAAAAUUUUGAACAGGCUUUAUUACAAAUCACUCCAAUUGUUUCAAUGCAUCAUUUCUAGCUGUUAAUUGCUGAAUGUUACACAAAUCAUAUGCAAUAUUGUACUAAUAUGAGUGGCUGUGUGGUAAAUAGCUUGCUUACCAGCCACAUGGUUCCGGGUUCAGUCCCACUGCGUUCACCUUGGGUAAGUGUCUUCUACUAUAGCCUCAGGCCGACCAAAGCGUUGU